GAAUCACAGAGCAUGAGCAAAGAGGCUAUUUUGCAACUGCUGCAAGACAGCAAAUACGAAGAUGCACUCAACAUUGUUCGGUCAGAAGAGGACGUGACCGAUGAUGCUAUUCUCAAGGAGCAAUGGUCAAUUUGGCAGUCAGCACACGCACCUAUCACUGAAGAUCGUGCUGUACCACUGUUACGGCGAAUCACUGACAAACCAUGGGUGCUUGCACAGUGCAUAAAGUGUACAUUUGAUGAUCCCAAAGUACAGAAGGAUGUUCUGGACCUCGGAAUCGCUCUCACGGAACCCGAAGUUGAUAAAAUCAUCAAGGACACAGUGAUGAACGUCCAGGACGCCGCCCAAGUUCAAAAGCUUUUGAACGACCCAACUUACGAAAUAACCGCCGAACUAAGCGUCAAUGAUAUAUCUUGGAUCUAUUCUCGCCUAUGUCUGUUACAGUACAGCGACCGACUCAAGACUUUUGAGGACAUAUGGGUAACGAGUUCAUCAGAUUUCGCAACCGGAGGCGGUGAUACGUCUUCACAACCUUCUUCAGCAGACAUGUCCAAGUCCGCGUCUCUGGAUUCCGUCGAUAAAAGCAUGGCUGAAGAUACCGAGUCUUCAGAAAAGAGGACAUUCGGCCAGGAAUUUCAAUCUUUUCGAGAUACUAGCCUGGUAGCCCAAGCCAUUCAAUACGCCAGGACAGAGAACUUUGAAGCGUUGGACAUCUUAUUUUAUAGGCAUGGGUCCGAAAUUCUGCCAUAUCGAUUGCAGAUUUUGUCACAAGUACCAGAAACCUCGGAUUUAACGCGAUGCAGUAUUCCUAGGGUAGCACUUCCAAAAUCAAAUUCUGAACAACUGCAAGAACAUAUUUGGGAGGAAGCGCCUUGGAGGAAGGAUGCAGAUUUGGUGGAACAUCCGAAAUUACGCCAAUACAUCAAGGGAUUACAAAAAAUACAAGACUUGAACGCUAACGAGUUGGAGGAUACAUUGGAGUCUACUCCAUACCCUGCGCCGGCUGACAUCAUUUCUCAAUGGUAUAUUGAGAGAGCUCGGCGAAUAGACGAAUUCACGGGCUUGACAAGUAACGCUCUCAAGUUUAUCCAAUAUGCCAGUAUGAUGCAUGUGCCAAACCUUCAAGAAUUGGAAAACAAUCUGGAAUUCUUAUGCAAACUUCUUUAUGGCACGGGUGUCACGCGGGAGACCGAGGCAAUACUAAGUGAUUUGGAUCUGAAUAAGUUCGAGGUUAUGGACCCUUAUGAAGUUCUUGAACUCUCUCUUGAAGGAACAAGCGUCAGUCGGGUUGUAUUAGAUUUGAAAAUAUUUGCUUUACCUUGGCUGCAACUUGUAGACAACCGAAAGUCAGGCAUGAUGGAUGAAGAAGGUGAUGUACAAAUGCAAGAACAAAGCGAAAUCGAAGAAUCUGGCCAGGCAAUGCUCUAUCGAUGGAUCCUCAGUGUCGCUGAAUCUCAUCUGGAUUGGUGCUGUGUCACGCUAGAAUCAUCUAAGCCCACCAUGCAAGAAGAAGACCGUAUCAUCAAGGAAGACUUGGACUUGAGCAGAAUUGCACUGGCAAUUUUGUACACCAAUGAUGACGGUAGCCAAGUCGACUUGAUGGCACGCAUUUUCGAAUGCCUUCCUCUAUUCGACCUUGACAACAUUGAGUCCGAUACCGAAGAAAACAUUGAUCUCCAUGCAUUGUCCGAAACACUAACUGCACAUGGUUUUUUUGCGGCACUUCAGCAGCUGAAGGAAAGAGAACUCUCGACACUCAUGGACGGACUCCAAAUACAUCUAUCCAGUGCAGAAAUUCUGUGGCGAUAUGAGCUCAAUGUUCCCCUGCGAUGGUAUCUCCGAAGUGCAAAUAAUUACGACAUGCAAAAGCAGCUUUGUUUACGACUGGCUACUCAAAUUGUUAGCAAUGCUGAGAGGAAAGGAGUGUUGGGAGCUAUGUCACAGGAAGAAAUCUUUGAAAUCUACUGGAAGGCAUUGUUGCGAUGCGGCAAAUUCACACUGGCAAAAGACUCCAUGCUUCCCAAGUACGGUGAGGCCAUGAUUAGUAUCAAUAAGGCACAGCAACUGGUGGUGGAUGCUGCGCGGGAAUACUUUGACAACUCAGUCUCGGGUAAUAUGUACUCUGGCAAUAUGAAGUUAGCUGCAGAAUGUUUAAAGGUGGUUCCACCUAAUCCACUGAUACAGCAGGAGAUGAAUCUUAUAGAAGCCACGCAUCACCUUACAACUGAAUUUAACGUAUUCUAUCGACCGGGUAUACCUAUAAUGCCCAUGCAAAUUCGUCAAUCAAAGAACCGCUUAGAACUUAUUUCACGACUACUUGCCUCUAACCCUGGUGCAUACCGAAAAUCGGCUCGUAUCAUUGAUCUGGCGAAAAAGCUUGGUCUUCAGAAUGAUAAGACUACUGAAAUCCGAGUUCUGAAUAUGCUCUCUGCUGCUGCACUUGCAGAAGAAGAUUAUGAAACAUCCUACCGACUUUGCAAAAAUACCCUUACUCAAGUUCUGGAGUCGGAAGCCGAGAUACAUAAUUCUAAGCUGAAGGCCGAGAUGAAGGAGAUAACCUGGAGCAGCUGCUUCCAACUAGGCAAAUUGGACGUUUAUACCGACAAGACAAAGCGGUUGGAGUUACUUGCUAUGGCUCUUGUGUUGUGUCCGGCCGAUCGACUGAGCGAAAACUUAGCAGCAUGGAGAAAAUUGGAGGCAAUCGCCGAACGUGAAGCUGACAAGAGUUCAUUACCAAGCUCAUCAUCGGCCGGAAACUGGGAUACUGUCACCAAUCUCCUGCAAUCAGGGCUGCAAGGCCAGCGUAAUUUGGCAAAACUUUUGUCUGACGAAGCUGGUAACUUAAUCAGUAACAAAGAGCCAAAUCAAGCUCAAGCGGAUAAGAUGAGAAAGCGAGAUCUCUUAAAGAACACGGUCAGCAAAUGGCUAUUCGAUUGAAACAUAUUUUACAAAUGCAAAGGAAAAAGGUAUCGAUGAUAUGGCUAGAACAACAUAUAAUAUCUAAAUUAGGA